AUGAGUAUAUGUUCUAAUAUUUCAUUUCAUUCUUUGUUCACAUUUGUUACAGCUUCUCCUCCUUUCUCUCUCCUCCUCCUUUCUCUCUCCUCCUCCUCCCCCCUCUCUCUUCCUCCCUACUCUUCUCUUCUCCUCCCUACUCUUCUCUCUCCUCCCCUACUCUCUCUCCUCCUCCCUCCUUCUCUCCUCCUCCCUCCCCUCUCCUCCUCCCUACUCUCCUCUCUCCUCCUCCCUACUCUUCUCUCUCCUCCUCCCUCCUCUUCUCUCUCCUCUUCUCUCUCCUCCCCUCUCCUCCUCCUCUCCUCCUCCUCCCUCCUCCUCCCUCCUCUCCUCCUCCCUCCUCCCUCCUCUCCUCCUCUUCUCUCUCCUCCUCCUCCCUCUGUGUAUGUGUCCAAGCAACACCUCUGCUUCCAUCGGUCCAAUUUCAGUGAUUCAUAUCUCAUUCAAAAACCUUAG